AUGCUCUCGCGGGGCCUCGUGCUGCGGUCGAUGCCGAGGCUGUCGCUGCCGCCCUCCAUGCAGCGGUGGUUUCUUUGGUACCCGCGCCGCGGCGGCGAGUUUCUUGGCGACAUGCUUGCCGGCCACAACCUCUUCAUUGCCGACAUUCCUCGCAAGUUUGACGCCCAGCACGCGCGCCACUUCUCCUUCGUUGAGUCGCUCUGCAUCACGCCACUUUUUACACUGACGAUGGUUCACUACUUCUCUAGCUUUUUCCUCUACCCCACGCGGCGGCAGAUGUUUCCGGUGCUCAUGACUGAGCUUGCCCGCGAGACCGAGGCGCAACUGCAGUGGAUGGACGUCAUGGCCAAGAAGUCGCCCACGGACGUGAUUGCGUGGCGGGCCCUGAUGGCAUUGACGCAAGUUGUGCUUUUCCCCGCCUGGCUGCUGCUUUCUGCUUUUGCCCCGCAGCUGGUGCACGCCAUGCUGGAGCGUAAGAACCAAAUCCUGCACCAGAAGCUUGCAUGCAUCAGCAAAGACGCCCCACCGUUUGUGCAGCAGCAAAUGACCGAGGCCCGUGAGGCGGAGGCAUUCCACAGCCAACAGCUACGCAUCCCUACGGACUACUGUGCGGCGCUUCUUAUCACCCUGUUGGUGCUGUACCUGACGUCGUAG